CUCGAGAGCACAUUCAACCUGCUACUGACUGACAUCACAGACACAGAGAGCGCGUUUCUCAGCGCACUGACACUGGGUGCGGAUCAAGAUUUGGGGAUUUGAGGGCUUCAUACAGACAGACAGGAGGCUGCUGGAGCUUCUCAACUAACUAUUGGGGAUGAAUCGCUGUACAGCCGCUUUGCUUUUGCUGGUUAUCGCCGUUUAUUCACUCAACACAGAGGCAUACAAGUGCAGAUGCACGAGAAAAGGCCCGAAGAUCCGGUACAAAGAUGUACAAAAGCUGGAGAUCAAGCCUAAACAUCCUUACUGCCAAGAAAAGAUGAUAUUUGUCACCAUGGAGAAUGUGUCCCGUUUCAAAGGGCAGGAGUACUGCCUGCACCCCAGACUGCAGAGCACUAAGAACCUCGUCAAGUGGUUCAAAAUCUGGAAGGACAAACACAGGGUGUAUGAGGCAUAAACGUUCUUCUUUAUGCACGAGGCUGAAAAGAUUGCGGGAUGCACAUCACCACCAGUGAACUGCGGAAGACCAGAGGACCGAUUUUAUUAAAGCAUGAAUAAGCAUCUACAAGCUUAUAAAGCACACCAGACAUUUCAUGAAGUUCUAUUAAUGUGGAAUAAUUUAUAGUCAUACAAAAAUGUUUCCUAUAUAAUGUAAUUAUGAGCCAAAUGUGCAGUUAUUUCAGAGAAAAUCCCUGUGAAUCAGCACCAUCUGUAAGAAGUGAUCAUUGCAUUUUUGCAACGUGUAAUGUUUUGCGAAGCAUCAGUUCUCGGUCUGAUUCAUUGUGUCGUGGGGUCCUGACACUUAUAUUUGGAUGCUGUCUGGUUUGAAACUACUAUCCACAAGUGUCAAAGUAGAUCUAGAGUUCUUACUGUACAAAAGAACAGAAAUAUGGAGGAUGGGUAAAUUAUAUCUUUACUGUGUUCUAUGCCAACAUGCAACAACAUGCAAAAGGAGACAAAGUAUCAUUUUCAAUAACUUGUUUCUCAUUAAUCUGCCCAAAAGUGCCAGAGGAAUUUUUACUUAUUCACUUAUUCCUUUGGGAUUUUGAAGUGAAAGAGACAAAGCUGCAUUCAAUAAUAUCAAGCAUUUAAAUCAUAUCAGACUUUAUAUUUACACACAUAUAUACUUUGGUGGAAAUGUACCGCCACACGACGUGCACACAAACUUUGGGGACUGUGUUUAAAAUGAAGCUUUUUAUUUAAUAUCGGCCCUCACAUUAUGAACUACACGUGCCUCCUCUUUGAGGUGUGCAGGUUUUGUAAGCUACUCUUUUCAUUUGUGUGGUACGACUGUUUUUUCUGUUUGGUAAAUGUAAUGUUUCUUGAACAUCAGAGUGUAUGUAUAAGCACAUAGGUUCUUAGCUUGUUAGUAUAGAAUUUAUUAGUGAAGCCUAUGUAUUGUAUCACAGAAUUGUUGUUUUACUAUUUAAAUCAUAAAUAAUAGAAAUGUUUAUGUGUUUGGACUGACCCACCAAACACAAGUCCAAGGAGUGUAAUCUUCAAGCACAGCAAUAAACAUUUAAAUAAAUCACUG